CGCGUACACCCUGCCAUCGCCGACCUGCCGAAGAUCAUCGACGGCGGAUUGAAAGCCGAGCCGUUGAUUGACAGAUCCAAACUCAACAAGCUGGAAGAUGAGGCGGAGCGGUUGAGGAGGCAGAUUGAGGAGAAAGAGUCUCGCAAGCGGAAGAACCUGCGGGAGUGGGAUCGCUUGACGAGAGAUACGGAGGCUGCGGCGUUGAGGAGCGAGUUGGCGGAGCAGGCUUUGAAGUUGCACAAUGGUGAGGCGGAGAGUCAGGCGGCGUUCUAG